AGAGAGAGAGAGAGAGAGAGAGAGAGAGAGGAAUUACCAAGAAAAAGAGCAUACGCUAUCUGCUAGAGAGAGAAAGAGAAGGAACCCAAGGAACGAAGGAGAGGGGCUGCACUGUGGUGCAAUGCAGAGAGUCAUGUCACAGAAAGAGCAGUCGGAUGGCCAAGCACGCCAACUGGUAGCAGUGGCCGUCGACAGGGACAAGAGCAGCCACGCUGCCUUCAGAUGGGCUCUGGACAAUGUUGUCACCAAAGGCCAAACCCUCACCCUCAUCCAUGUCAACACCAAGUCGGGGUAUGGAGAUGAUGCAAGGGACGUUUUUGUCCCUUUUCGAUGCUUUUGCACAAGAAAGGAUGUAUAUAACAAAGAUGUCAUACUUGAAGACACUGAUGUUGCCAAAGCGAUCAUAGGGUUCGUUGCUGAUGCUGCAAUUGAAAAGCUAGUGGUUGGUUCAUCAUCAUCAAGAGGUGGAUUUGUCAGAUCAUUCAGAAACUCAGACAUCAGUACCAAUAUCUACAAAGGUGUGCCUGAUUUCUGUACUGUCUACCUCAUCCAUAAGGGGAAGGUAUCCUCCGUGAAGAAUGCCGUCCGGCCAGCUCCAGCCUUCUCUCUUCUCCAGAAGCAAAUCCAAGGCCUUUCAAGUGUUAGACCUGACUCACUGGACCAUAGUCACAAGAAUGACAUGAAAGAUCGGAAUUUCCUAAUGCCAAGUGAAGCUGCAUUUGCUCCACGGAAUCUGCAAAGAGAGGAUGAAUCGAUCAAGUCACCUUUUACUAGGGGAACAUGUGUUUCAACCAAAAAAUCUAAUGGAGAGAUGAUGAUUGAUGGCGAUAAAUCACUUGCCAAUGCCCGCUCCUAUCCUCCAAGAUUGUCAAACAUUUCAGACACCUAUGAUUGCAAUUCUGAAUCAUCAUGCUCAUCUGGAAAUGAGGUCGCUUCCCUAUCUAGUGAGAGUCUAUCAUCUCAGCCUAAGGAAGAUGUUGAAGCUAAGCUGAACAGGCUGAGAUUAGAACUCAAGCAAACCAUGGACAUGUACAGCACAGCACGCAGAGAAGCACUAACAGCUAAACAGAAGGCAAUGGAGCUGCAACGCUGGAAGAUGGAGGACGAGCCAAGAUUAGAAGAAGCUCAACUGGUGAAAGAAGCGGCUAAUGUUUUUGCACAAAGAGAGACUGCCGAAGCAUCCAGAAAAAUUGCAGCGUCAAAAUCACAAAAGAACAUCAGAGGAGAGGUGAUUGCAGAGACUGAGAAGAAUGAUUUUGAAGCACUGUCACAUACAAGUCUCAGUUAUAGGAAGUACACAAUAGAGGAGAUAGAAGUAGCCACUGACCAUUAUGCACAGGACAGAAAAAUUGGAGAAGGUGGUUAUGGACCUGUUUACAGAGGUUAUCUGGAUCAUACGCCCGUUGCCAUUAAGGUUCUGCGUCCAGAUGCUGCCCAAGGCAGAACGCAGUUUCAGCGAGAGGUUGAAAUAUUAUGCUGCAUCCGACAUCCAAAUAUGGUUCUACUGCUGGGCGCUUGCCCAGAACAUGGCUGCCUUGUGUAUGAGUACAUGGCAAAUGGAAGCUUGGAAGAUUGCUUAUUCAGGCGAGGGAAUACACCACCCAUUCCUUGGCAGCAUAGGUUCCGGAUUGCUGCAGAGAUUGGCACAGGCCUCCUCUUUCUACACCAGACUAAACCAGAGCCACUGGUUCACAGAGACCUUAAGCCUGCCAACAUCCUCCUUGACAGGAAUUACGUCAGCAAGAUCAGCGAUGUUGGACUUGCCCGGUUGGUUCCCCCAACUGCAGCAGACCAUACCACCCAGUAUUGCAUGACAGCCACUGCUGGCACAUUCUGCUAUAUCGACCCGGAGUAUCAGCAAACUGGCAUGCUCGGUGUAAAGUCUGAUAUAUACUCUCUUGGAAUCAUAUUGUUGCAAAUUAUCACUAGCAAAUCUCCCAUGGGGUUGGCACACUAUAUGGAGCGUGCAAUCGAGAGAGGAACGUUCACAGAGAUGUUGGACCAAUCAGUACCAGAUUGGCCAGUUGAGGAAGCAUUAAGGUUAGCCAAGUUGGCACUGAAGUGUGCAGAGCUCAGACGGAAGGAUCGACCAGAUCUUGCAAUGGUCAUACUGCCAGAACUUGACAGACUUAGAGAUCUUGCUGAGGAGAACAUGCAGUACUUUGUGUUUGGGAGCAACCCGCACCCCUCACUCAUGCACACCCCAGUUUCUACACAAGAUAUCAUUAAUGGCUCUUCAACCACACCAUCUGGAUACGAAAGCUCAAGUGGAUCAUCAAUGGCUGGAAGCAGAUUGAGCAUUUUCUGAGAUGAAAAGAACAGUCCUGCUAGAGGAAAUUAAUGUGCUCAAGAGAACUAAACUACCUGUAACUGCAUAUGCUUGUAGAGAAGAAAUGGCAAAGAAAGCUGGUUGCAGGUCCAGGCCUAGGGAGGCUGGUGAUACGAUGCAAAAGUCCUGUGACACGAAGAAAGCAUAUAUCCUAUUAAGUACCAAUACCGCCUCGUGACAACACCAAGAAUGUAAGAUAUCUAGGUCAAGAUAGAUUUAUUUGUGUGUCCUGUUCCCUCACCUUCUUCCUAUCUUUUCCUUUUUUUCGGAUCUUAUGUACAAUAAAUAUACCUAAAUAGUUAAGACUAAAGAUUGUGUAACUUUCUCUA